GUGCCGCCGCGCGUCGGCACGUGUCCGCUUGUCCGCCUGUGCAUGUGUCUGUGCACGUGUACACACGUACAUGUGUUUGCAUGCUUGUGUCUGUGCAUGUCUGUGUGCGCGUGCAGGCAUGUAUGUACAUGGGCUGCUUCCUACUUGGGGGUGUCCGAGCGAGUCCCUCCCCGCUUCCCACUCCCCACCGUGGCACGGGGGCCCGUGCGUGUGGGCCUCCGGGAGGGCGGGUGGGGGCCGCCCCCGCGGCGCUCACGGCCGCGCUCCCCCAGGAGGUGCAGGUGCUGGGCCGGCGUUCGGCUUCGUGGAGGUCGGCAGCGUCACGCCCCAGCCCCAGGACGGCAACCCCCGGCCCCGCGUCUUCCGCUUGCCCGAGGACCAGGCCGUCAUCAACAGGUACGGGUUCAACAGCCACGGGCACGCUGCUGUGGAGCGCCGCCUUCAAGCCCGGCAGGAUGCGCAGCUGCAGCUGACUGCAGCGGGGCGGCCCCUCGGGAUCAAUCUGGGCAAGAACAAGAGCUCGGUGGAUGCCGUGGCCGACUACGUGGCUGGGGUGCGGGUGCUGGGCCCGCUGGCUGACUACCUGGUGGUGAAUGUGUCCAGCCCCAACACCCCGGGGCUGCGGGACCUGCAGGGCAAAGCAGAGCUGCGCUGCCUCUUGGCCAAGGUGCUGGAGGAGCGGGAUGCACUGCCCUGCGUGCCAAAGCCGGCCGUGUUGGUGAAGAUUGCGCCCGACCUCAGUGCGCAGGACAAGCGGGACAUCGCCAGUGUCGUGAGCGAACUGGGGGUCGAUGGGCUGAUCGUCACCAACACCACCGUGAGCCGCCCCAGCAGCCUGCGUGGCGUGGCACGAGCAGAGCCCGGGGGGCUGAGUGGGCAGCCCUUGCGGGACCUCUCCACGGAGACCGUGCGCGAGAUGUACUGCCUUACCCAAGGCCGCGUGCCCAUCGUCGGUGUGGGUGGCGUGAGCAGCGGGCAGGAUGCGCUGGACAAGAUCCGAGCCGGGGCAUCGCUGGUGCAGCUGUACACGGCGCUCACCUACCGUGGGCCUCCUGUGGUGGGCACCGUGAAGCGGGAGCUGGCUGCACUGCUGAGGAAGCAGGGCUUUGCCAGCGUCACGGAGGCUGUUGGGGCGGAUCACCGGCCCUGAGGAUCACGGGGCCAGGGGCUGGCGCUGCCUGCCCUUGCUCAGAGGAGCUGUGGGGCCUGAAGCCCAGCUGUCUGCACCACCUUGAGCGUGAAGUGACUUGGACUCCAGCCCAAGGCCCCCAGGCGGGUGCAGGGUGCAGCAGGAACUCAGGCCCAGUGCCCGCAUUGCCUCCGGGAGGCAUGGUGAAGUGGGGGUCUUGGGGCAGCACUGCUUGGCCUGGCAACUGCUCUGAGUGUCACCCAUGCGCACACUGACGCUGGGGUGGAGCCUUGCGCCGGUGGCCACGGGAAAGGGUGGCCGUGCCCCGCCUAUGGCUCUUUUUUUGUGGCAGGAGGAAUCCCCUGGGCUGCUAUGGCCCCCUCUGCUGCCAGGCCCUGCCCUGAGCUGCUACCUCUGGUAUUGUCCCCAGUGCUCAGCUGUGUCUUUCCCUGGGCUGGGGUCUCUUAGGCCUGGCCCUGUGUGGGGCUGGUAUCAUCUCCCCAGCUCGGGGGCUGCACAGGGUCUUUGCCUCCUGCCAUUAAACUUGGUGCUUGCUCACUC